UCACUCUCCACCAUGGCGUCCUUGUUGGAUGAUCGGGACAUGCAGAAUGUGCGGCGUCGGUUUGAGCAGCAGGCCGAGUCCUUCCUGAGGGUGACAGAGGCCGAUAUCGAUGACGAUGAAAAAAAAAAGCAAAAGCCUCUCCCUAGAAUAAACCUCCAUUCGGUGUUUUGGAUAUUGGCAGCAGUUGCUGUGACACACUAUGUUGACUUCCUACCAGUUGUCCAAGGCAACUUACAAGAAGGCUGUUCCUGGCUUCUAGUUGGUGCAGUGUCUCUGGUUGUCAGCAUGUCUAUUGCACUCUAUUGCAUUGUUUAUCUGGAAUGGUUUAGUGGGAUUUGUGAUUAUGAUGCCAAGUACCCAGGACUUGUACCAGUCGCAAUUGUAACUUUCCUAGUAGCUGCAGUGUGCUUCAAUGCUUCCUUAUGGCAGGUGUGGUCAUUUUUUACCCCAGUGAUAUUGUUUACACAGUUUAUGGGUUUUGUAAUGCUGGUCUCACUGCUGGGGUGAACAUGGAGAAGUUUGUAGCUGUUGCUGGAAGUGAAGGUGGAUUUGGAAUGGUGUUCUAUCUCACUUACAGUGAUCAUCUAUUUUCUGAUGAUGUGUCAGCAUUUGCACAUGGAGCAGAUGAUUCAGAAAAGCUGCAAUCUCAUCUGAGGAUACCAGUUACCAAUUACCAUUU